GACAUCUCACAACGCAACGUGACAUUAAUGUUUUGGUUCAAACAACUUGGGGCACCUCAAUCUUCUUAUCAAAACUCGAGAGGAGAGGUUGAAUUAGCUUUGACUCUUUCUCCAUCUCUGUGUUUUUGGACUAGAUGGUGGCCAAUUGAAUCACUGUGGGAAGCAUGUCCAGUAUCAUUCUCGCCAGCGCAUCCGAGCUCAAUGCCGACCAGGAAGACUCCGUCUUCGUUCCCUUACUCUCCCCCCCAAACUUCACCUCCCAAGUCGCCAUUAUCGGCUCCAAUGUCUGCCGCAUUGAGAGCCUCGAUUACGAGAUAUUCGAGAACGAGCUAUUCAAGCAGGACUGGAGGAGCCGGGGAAAGAUGCAGAUAUUCCAGUACACGCUUAUGAAGUGGCUCUUGUGCUUCCUCAUCGGUCUGAUUGUCGGCCUCGUCGGCUUCUGCAACAACCUCGCCGUCGAGAACAUCGCAGGCAUCAAGUUCGUCGUCACCUCCAACAUGAUGUUGAAGAGCAGGUAUGGGAUGGCAUUUCUUGUAUUUUCGGUGUCUAAUUUGGUUCUGGCUUUGUUUGCAUCUAUGAUUACGGCUUUUAUAGCGCCGGAGGCUGCCGGUUCCGGUAUUCCGGAAGUGAAAGCAUACCUGAAUGGCGUGGAUGCGCCCGAAAUAUUUUCCGUACGGACUUUGGUUGUUAAGAUAGUCGGAAGCAUUUCCGCGGUAUCAUCAUCUCUUCUGGUGGGAAAGGCAGGGCCCAUGGUCCAUACUGGCGCGUGUAUUGCAUCGUUACUUGGUCAAGGUGGGUCAAAGAAAUUUGGUUUAACAUGGAACUGGUUACGCUUUUUCAAGAACGACCGAGACCGACGAGAUCUUGUAACAUGUGGAUCAGCAGCUGGAAUUGCUGCUGCUUUCCAUGCCCCUGUUGGUGGUGUACUGUUUGCUCUUGAAGAGAUGGCAUCUUGGUGGAGAAGUACCCUUCUAUGGAGAUCUUUCUUUACAACAGCGGUUGUUGCAAUUGUACUCCGUGCUUUCAUCGAUCUCUGCUAUAGUGGCAAAUGUGGGCUCUUUGGUACAGGGGGGCUGAUAAUGUAUGAUGUCUACUCGGGUACUAUUUCAUAUGAACUUAUGGAUGUACCUCCUGUGCUCGCCCUUGGAGUUAUUGGUGGCAUAUUGGGCAGUUUACAUAAUUUUCUUCUAGAAAAGGUUCUCAAAAUAUACAAUCUCAUUAAUGAGAAAAGCGUUGCUUACAAAAUCUGCCUUGCUUGGUUGAUCUCCAUUUUCACAUCCUGUCUUCUUUUUGGAUUACCAUGGCUUGCAAAGUGCCAACCUUGUCCGGCUGACAUAUCUGAAGCCUGCCCUACAAUAGGCCGCUCUGGUAACUAUAAGAAGUUCCAAUGUCCUGCUGGUCACUAUAAUGAUCUUGCCAGCCUCAUUUUUAACACAAACGACGAUGCUAUCAGAAAUCUUUUUAGUGAAGGCACCAAUGAUGAGUUCCAAUACUCCUCAGUUCUCAUAUUUUUUGUUACCUGCUUUUUCUUAAGCAUUCUUAGCUAUGGGAUUGUUGCUCCUGCUGGCCUCUUUGUACCUGUUAUUGUUACUGGUGCAUCUUAUGGGCGUUUUGUUGGAAUGUUAGUUGGUUCAAAAUCAAAUCUUAACCAUGGCCUUUACGCUGUGCUGGGUGCUGCCUCCUUGCUUGGUGGGUCUAUGAGGAUGACAGUUUCGCUCUGUGUAAUUAUCCUAGAAUUGACUAAUAAUCUACUGUUACUGCCAUUAAUAAUGGUGGUACUUCUUGUUUCCAAGACUGUAGCCGAUGGUUUCAAUGGCAGUAUCUAUGACCUUAUAAUGAAAGCCAAGGGUUUCCCUUAUCUUGAGACUCAUGUUGAGCCAUAUAUGAGGCAGCUGUCAGUAGGUGAUGUAGUUACAGGCCCACUUCAGCUCUUUCAUGGCAUCGAGAAGGUUGGUAAUAUAGUACAUGUUCUCCGGACCACAAGGCACAAUGGCUUCCCUGUAAUUGACGAGCCUCCACUUUCUGAAUCCCCCAUCUUGUUUGGUAUAAUCCUACGAGCACACCUUGUUACAUUGUUGAAGAAGAAAGCUUUUUUAUCUACCCCAGCCUUGACAGGAGACACAGGAGGCAUUGAUGCCUCUAUUCAGUUUUCAGCGGGGGAUUUUGCCAAGAGGGGUUCAGGCAAUGGUGACAAAAUAGAAGAUAUAGUAUUGACUGAGGAAGAGAUGGAAAUGUUCAUAGAUUUACAUCCUUUUACAAACGCUUCACCUUAUACUGUUGUGGAGACAAUGUCACUAGCAAAGGCUCUCAUACUUUUCCGAGAAGUUGGUUUAAGGCACCUGCUGGUGACACCCAAGCUCUCUGGCAGACCUCCUGUGGUGGGUAUAUUGACAAGGCAUGAUUUCAUGGCAGAACACAUAUUACGUUUGCACCCUCUACUAGUUAGGAGAAGGUGGAAAAGAUUAAGAUUCCGGUUCCCAUCUCUGAGAAAACUCUUUUGGGGCACCUCGGCGAGUGUCAAAGCUUAACAAUAUUUUUGUAAAUAGUCUUCUUGGAUCUGCUCAGAUCAUAGAAUCAUUCGAGGAGUGGCUUUGUUUUAUUCUUUUCCAACAUUUUUUUAUGAAAUCAAGAGCAGAAGAGAAUCACCAGACAAGGUCAAAUCAUGUUUAACUAUCUUACUAUAUUUGAUACAUCACAUGAUGUAAUGGGCAAGGUUAUUGUUUGAUGAA